AACGAACAGACAGACAGACACCCAGACAGACAAGCCAAAUUUAUAUAUAGAUAAGACUAAUCCACUAGGUCCACAUAUGAACCCACAUAUUCCAGGUGUGGAUCUACCAAGUCCACAUUUCUAAUUUUUUUAUAUUUUAGCUUUGUCUCACGUAAUAUUUCAAUAAUAAAUACAAUAGAGGAUGUUUGUUAUUUCCCCAAGAAAUGUCUAACAAUUCUACUGGUGAAAGAAAGCUUGCCCUGGUUAGAAGUAUACAAGUCUAAUUUAAUCAACAUAUUAAUGGUAUCAGGUUCAAAUGUUAAAAUAAUGUGCCCCUAUUGUGGAAUAAAGAUUCCCAAAAUUGUUAACAUUUGGAAUAGAGAAAAGAGACAACUUGUAUUUCCUAAAACUAAAACAGACUGCUGUGAUCCCUUGAAAGGAAAAACAUUGGUAGCCAGAACCUUUAUUGCUCUCAAGAAAUCAGAAAGUCCAUUAAAUUAUAACGGAACUGCUCGGAUAAAUGGAAAGGUGGUAGAAUCAACUAUCAGAGGACCCAGCUAUGAUGUAUUUUACGAACUAUCCAAUUAUCUAAACUUUGACAUCAACAUGGUGCAGACCAGCAAGUUCCUCUCUCAGGCGCAGGGGGUCGUGGAUCAAGAGACAGAUUUGGUGCCAUUAGGACAAACAGGGUGGACCAGAUACAAGGAUUCAUUUGGUUUCUUUGAAAUAGGAAGGUUUGGGGGUAAAAUGGAUUAUCCUAUGGUUUUAAUAUGCUCUAAGCCGCUCCCAGAGGUCAAGUUCUACAAUCUUUUGAAACCGUUCUCUGUAACACUGUGGAUUGGAGUUCUGAUUGUUGGAUUUGUUUCACCAAUUCUGUUUUAUAUAAUCCUUAAACUCAACUAUAUUGUUAGAAGACAGGAAUACAAGGAAGACAGCGGAUUGUUUUUCAUUUUCAUUGAAUUAAUAUGUUCUGAAAGAAGAGACACAGAAGUUUCUGAUGGAGUAAAACUGUUCACCACUGGAUUGGCAUUAUUUACAUUUUUUAUUGUGUCGGCCUUUGGAUGCAACCUACGAGCCUAUCUUGUUGUUGAGGACUAUGAGAGGCCUAUAGACUCUCUGAAUCAGCUGAUUUAUGAAUCAAAAAAAAACCUUGUUCUCAGAACAGACCGAGGAUGGGCUCAAGAGCUCGAGAAGUCAUUUCAACUACUAGACUCAAUGAGUCGGUUAGUGGAUACAAAUAUGCCUGGCAAUCUCUCCUUGAUCAAUAGAACUCAUUGUAUUUCUCAUGCAGAGUGGACAGCCUUGGAUUCAAUUCGUCAAAGUGUUCUUGACUAUGGAACACCUCAGUAUAGAAUUGCUAAGACUCCGUAUGUGUUUGAAUCAGGGAACUGCUAUUAUGCCAGGAAGAAAAAUCUAUUUAUGGAGACUCUUGAGAACAGAAUGUUAGAUAUGGCAGCAUUUGGUAUCAUGGAUAAACUAAAAUCUAUCAGUGUUCCAGUUCCAAUUAAUUAUGUUUCUGAUGAACCUUUAAAUCCUCUCACCCUGGAACAUUUCUUCCUUUCUUUUGUGUUCCUUGCAGGAGGUCUAGCCACAGCGCUGCUUGUUCUCUUUCUAGAGUGUGUCGUGAACAAGAAACAAAAUAAAUAG